AUGGCUGCAAUCAUGGCCAUCUCAACCCCGUUGAACAUUCAAAGCUUGACGCUUCGGAAACGCAGCCUCAUUUUAGGGGCUGCGCCUUCAGACGAGCCAGAAUCGCUUAUAGUCUUUGGGCCGCCGGCUUUGCGAUUCCCAUCGGCUCAGUUUUUAACAGCAGCUUUAUCAAGCGUGUCUUGCUCUCCUGAGAACAAAUAA